AUGAGAAAGGAAUAUGCUUCUUGCUUCUUGAAUCCUGUGAUUAGUAACCAUGUAUUAAUGUUCAGGAUUCUGCUUACUUCCGGUAUCAUAGAAAAAUCUAGAAAUGAUAUGGAGGAAUCGGUGAAAUUGUCUAUAGAAUCAAGGAAUAUUGGUGAAAAACACAGGGCCAUACUGCAUAUUGAUUUAGAAAAUGAAGAAAAGGCACAAAUAAUUUGCAGAACCUUAGCAGUGGACAAAGAACCAUCGAGGAGUACAGCCAAACGCACAUAUACCGUACGAGGGCAUCAUUUGGUUGUUGAGAUCGUGAGUUUGGAUGCUAAAUAUCUUCAGAAGUCGAUCGACAAUUUGUUCGACAUGUGCUAUUUAGCUAAACAGACAAUUGAGGAAGUUACAAGAUAUGACUUAAAAAUGUCUAAUAAUGCUACUACAUCUCUUGACAGAAGUGAGAAAAGCAGAGUUAAUAAUCCGUCGUGA